AUGUCGCUCGCCCAGCAUGUCACCCAGUCUGAAGGCUUUGACUACGAGGCACCACCGCCUUGCCCGAAGCCUGACGUUCCCCACGAGGAUGUCCUGCACCUGUCCGCUGCCGACAUUGCCUGCCGGACCGAGUAUCGCCGUCUGAGCUUUGACGCAUUCGCCCCCCACGAUGCGGUUCUCGCCGUUCCUCAGCAUAAGGAGCCACGUCUCGCCGCGUACAAGAUAUCGGACCUGAAGCGAUUCGUCCAAGUUGCCACCGCCAUCGUCACCUGUUGGCUUGCCUCUGGUAUCGUCUUCGGCUUCGCCGCCCUCAAGCCCGUCUUGAUCGCCGAGGGGGUGUACAGUGAGCUGUGUCCUGCCGACGACAAGCCGUUCCGGGAAGACGAUGGAGUCAUUGUCCCCUGCGCCGAGCAAGAUAUCCGUCUGAACCUCUUCUUCGUCGUUGCCUCCAUCACCACAAACGUUGCUUCCCUGUUCUGCGGUGCUGCACUCGACCGCUAUGGCCGCCGCUUCUGCUGGAACAUUGGCGCUGUCUUCUUCGCCAUGGGCUGCGUGCUCAUGGGGUACUCGUUCUACAUCCCGGAGUUUGACGCCUAUCUGCUCGGCAACUUCUGUCUCGGCGUCGGCGGUGCCUUUGUCUUCGUCCCCAGCUUUCAGUUGUCCAAUGCCUUCCCUCAGUACUCGGGCGUGGUCGUUGCGCUGGUUACUGGUGCCUUCGAUGCAUCGGCGGCAGUCUUCCUCUUCUACCGCAUGGCGUACGACGCCACCGGUGGUAACUUCUCGCUGGAGAAGUUCUUCUUUGGUUACCUCAUUGUCCCGGUCUUGAUCCUUGUCGCCGAGUACACAUACAUGCCCGAGCAUGCUUACCACUCGGUGCCUGAGCUCGAGGAGAAGAUUGAGCGUGCUGAAGACAACACUCGAGACGUUCACACCUCCGAUGACGACCUUACGAGCGAUGGCGAGCGAUACCACGUUCGCAGCAUCCGGGCGGAGCGCCGUCGGGCCAAGCUUGACGCGAUUGUCGAUCUCACUGGUGAUGCCGAGGUGAGGGAGGAGCGCGUGAAGAUCAAGGAAGAGCGUCUCGAGGCCAGUGGUGUCUGGGGUGUCCUGCACGGUCUGCCUGCCCAUCAGCAGAUGCUUACGCCGUGGUUCAUCUUGAUCCUCUUGCUCACGGUGCACCAAAUGCUGAGAAUGAACUACCUCAUCGCCACCAUCCGUGCCCAGUAUCGCUUCAUGCUCGGGUCUGAUGUGCUGGCUGAGUCGAUCAACCACUUUUUCGAUGCUGCUCUGCCCAUUGGCGGUGUCGCUGCGACACCCUUCAUUGCCGUCUUGCUCAACAACGCAAGCGUGCCGGUCACGUUCGGCAUCUUGACCGUCCUGAUCAUCGUCGUUGCCGUGCUCAACUGCAUUCCCCAGCUGUGGGCAGGGUACGCGAUGAUUGUGGCCUUUGUGAUCUUCAGGCCGCUGUACUACUCUGCCAUUUCCGAUUACGCUACGAAAGUCUUCGGCUUCGCCACAUUUGGGCGCAUUUAUGGCGCUUUGGUGUGCAUCUCCGGCAUCAUCAGCUUUGCGCAGUCGGGUCUCGAUGCAUGGACCCAUGGCCCGCUGCAUGGUAACCCCGUGCCUGUGAACAUAAUGAUGGGCGCGACCGGGACUGUUCUUGGCAUCGCACUCGUUCUUUUUGUUGCCAUCCAGGUCGGGUUACACAACGAAAGGGAGAAAGCUGAGGCAGACAUGGAGCGGAUGCCGCUGAUCUGCGAGGAAGAGGAGGGAUACGGGACCAGGGGCGAUCGGUGA